GGUAUUAACGCUGUUUUUUGCUUGCCUCAAAAUGCCAGCUAAAAGUCUGAGAUGGGAGACGUUGGAAGCGUUGAAAAAUUCACCGAAAGCAAAAAUCAAAUACACGCCAGACUGGAAUGAAAUGGGGGAGGGAAAACAUAACGAAAGCUUCCCUGCUUUACGAAGAUGCGUUCUUUCUCCAUUCUGCAUUACCGUGGUGCUGCAGUCUUAAUGUGGUUUUGUAGAGUGCUUACAUCGUAGUUUGUUUUUCAGGACAUUUUAGCAGGCUGUAAAGAGGUAAGUAGCCUGUCCCCAUUCUCGGAGCAAGUUCUGAAAAGACUGAGCCCUCAGUCUGUGCUGAAAAGUGGUUUCUGUCUGGGUUCCAUGAUCUCUGAUGCAAGCACAUCUGAGGAUGGCCUGAAGAUAAACUCUGGCUUAGCUGCUGUUAAAAUGUGUCAUACAUUAACUACCACAACGCCUACUUCACCACUGCUGCCUCCUGUUGAAAAUGAGCUGAAGGCAACUGAUGAUAAGUUAUUGAGUUUGAGCUCCACUUUGGACAUGUGCAGCAGUUCACCACCACCCUUUUCUGUCCACUCACCUAAGGCCUCUCAGAUGGCUGGCUGCAUCCGCAUCUGUGAGAAGAAACACUGGGCAAAAGCCAAGUCAGAGCUUAAACUAAGGCAGGAGAUGCAGGAGUGUCUGGUGGCUGGUAUGGCUAGUCGAGAGUCAGAGCAGCUUAAACGGUUUGAGGAGUUCAUGGAGCUUAAGCAGAGGCAGGAGUAUCAGAGCAUGAGGGACAUGAUGGAAAAAGAAACACAGGAAAGCCUUGGACGGCAGGAGAAAUUAAAGGAAGAACAUAGACAUAGAAAGAAGAUCCUAAACCUGCGUCUGCGGGAAGCAGAACAGCAGAGGCUGAGGCAGGCAGAGCUUGACCGACAGAGACUUCUGGAGGGCAGGGAUAGGCUGAGAGCACUCAAUGCCAUUCAGGAGGAAGUGCUUAGUCUCAAUCUCCUUUUGGAACCAAUUUACACACAAACAAGCCCAACCUUGGAUUACACAUCUUAUGUCACCCGUGGCAACCACCUUUGUUCCCAGGUUUCAGAGGUGGUACGCACAACAACUGAAGGACAGUUUCCAACUGUUGAGGACAUGACUGUGGUAGAACGGGUUCUGCAGGAAAUGAGAACACUGGUUAGAGCCAUUCAGGAGGAGUUUGCCCAGGAACAUGAGAAAAAGAAGAAUGAGCAAGAGGAAGAAGAGUACAGGAAGAAACAGGCAGAGAUGAACACCCAACAAGAAGAACAGAAGAAAAGCACAGCAUUACCUUUUAAAGAGGGUGCCAAAAAACAAGGCCUGCAGUCUGUAGCUGAUGAUAGCACCUUGAAAUGGUACAAAGAGCUGCAAAGUUUGGCCAGCCGUUGCGCACAGACCUUUGAAGAUUUGAACAACACUAAGGAUAAGCAGACAAAAAAAUUGAGGAUGGAGCUUCAAAAAGCUGCAACAAUUCCUGUGAGCCAGAUCUCCAGUAUUUCAGGUUCACAGCUAAAGGAGAUUUUUGAAAAGAUUGAUAAACUGUUAUUAGGGAAACUAGUUGUGUCUGGUGGAAAGACAGUUUCCACAUCCCAGCAUCCUCAUGGACUAGAAUUUGUAAGUUAUAAAUUGGCAGAAAAGUUUGUGAAACAAGGAGAAGAAGAGGUGGCAUCUCACCAUGAAGCUGCAUUUCCAAUUGCAGUUGUGGCUUCAGGUGUGUGGGAGAUUCACCCUAAAGUAGGAGAACUCAUCUUAGCCCAUCUUCACAAAAAGUGCCCUUAUGCAGUUCCUCACUACCCCCCAUUGAAGGAUGGCAGCUCUAUUGAAGAAUAUCAGCAGAUUCUGGGAUAUCGUGUGGAUGAAUCGGGUGUGGAAAGUCACGACAGUUUCUUAAAAAGGAUGUCUGGAAUGAUCCGACUUUAUGCAGCAAUAAUACACCUAAGAUGGCCUUACACUAACAAACAAGGGGCAGACCCUCAUGGACUCAAUCAUGGCUGGCGUUGGUUAGCUCAGAUGCUUAACAUGGAACCUCUUGCUGACAUUACAGCAACUCUUCUGUUUGACUUUCUAGAGGUUUGUGGAAAUGCACUAAUGAAACAAUACCAAGGACAGUUUUGGAAACUUCUGCUCCUCAUCAAAGAGGAAUACUUUCCCAGGAUUGAAGCAGUAACCAACAGUGGUCAGAUUGGCUCUAUUACAAGACUUAAUCAGUUUUUGGAGAAUUCCUUAAGAAACAAGCAGAUUGAGCCACCGAAAGGACAACUGAACUCAGCCUUCUGGAGAGCCUGAGGAUUUUGAUUGUUCAUCUGUUAACGAGUCAUAGUUUGUAUUAUGACCCCACAAAUCCAUGGCUGCUGAUGAUCUUCUGUUUAUGCAUGGUACAAAAUAUAAUUAGUUUGUUAUACAUAUGCUAAAAUGUACCCGUUUAAUAUAAUAGGUAAACAUGUCCCCAUGCUCAUUCAUUAAAUUACCUAAUUAAUCAUUCAAGUUGCAGCAGUACAAUGCGUAAAUAUCAUGUAGAUUAAAGUCAUGAGUCCACAUCAAACAUUUAGGAAUGUGAUGUUAGUGACGUUGGCUGUUUUGUUAUGACAUAAGUAUACUAAACUGGAAAAUUUUAAAUAACUUUCCAGUUUUUCUGUUCACUAAAGUUGUACAGAGCUGUAUCUGUAGACCAUCUGUCAGCUCAAAGUAGUCUGAAUAUUUUCUAAUUUUCUCAUUAACAAGGUAUUUCAGCCUUGAACUGCAUUUUACUGUUUUUUUCCUUGACCUUUCUGUGUAAACUCUAGAAUCAGUCGUGUGAGGAGAUAUUAGGGGAUCACCAUUUUCUGGAAUAGGCUAAACGGAUUAGCUGGCAUCAACAUGUCAUAAAGAUCACGUUUUCCAUAUUCUGAUUUUGAACAUUCAUUUAUGCAUUGUGCUGCUGCUGCUACAUUUUAGCUAAUUGUGUGUCUGUGCAGAGGUAUUGUUUCUGUUAAAGUGAUCAGUGAGGUUUUUUUUGUUGUUUUAAAUAGCCUGUGAUGUAUUUUCCUUGUAAAAAUGUGUGUAUUAAUGUCAUAGGAUAACUUAUGGAAUGUUUGAUUUGUUACACCAUGUUUUAUAAUUAUUAGAAAGGUACUGCAGAUAGUAGAAAACAGACUAACCAUACUAAAAUAAGUACAUUCUAAAAAACUACUAAUGCAUGGAAAUCAUUGUGAUUCAGACAUGGUUUUAAUGAGCAGUUACUUGAAACCAAAAAGGGUAAUAAAUAUACACAUGCUGUGUCAGAUCAUGUGUUUGUAUUUCUGGUAGGGUCCAUUCCCAGUUUCCAGUUGACCUUCAGUGAUGAUUAUAAAGUGGUUUUGAAGAAAUUUUUACCUUUUUCACAUAAUUUGUUUGACAAAUAGACAUAGUAUGUGCAUACAAAGUGCAUACAAAAUUGUCUAUUAAAUAAAUUCAAUUCACACAGA